UGUGUGUGUGUGUGUCCAGGUUGAUGAGAGUUGCUGCGCUCCUGCCAGAUGGAACCGCAUCUGGUCCAACUCCUUCCCCGAGGCCGAGUUCUUUGACAAAGUGCUGAUGCUCUCCCAGAGACUCUACAGUCUGCAGGCCAUCAUCGCGCAGCAGGACAGCCACAUGGAGCUGCAGCGAGCCUCUCUGACGGAGCGCGCCUCUCUGCCCGGGCGCCACAGAGGGAACGUGCUGCUGGAGCAGGAGAAGCAGCGCACGCUCGCCCUGCAGAGGGAGGAGCUGGCCAGCUUCCACAAGCUGCAGUCUCAGCACCGGCAGGAGCAGCAGCGCUGGGAGAGGGAGCGGGAGAGGCACCGGCAGCAGGUGGAGGCCACCGAGGCCCGGCUGAGGCUCAGGGAGGAGGAGUGCCGACGGCUGGAGGUGAAGAGUCCCUCAGAGAGCUGGAGAGCACUUGUUAAUGGAAAAUGA